ACUUACACUCACCCAAACACCUUUUUCUGUUCAAGUAAGUCUCGUGAUACAUUGGUAAUGCGUGCGUGUGACGCAAUUUGGUGGUAGGGAGGGGACCCAAGCAACAGCAGUGGUAGGAAAGAGGAGGAAGCAGGGAUGGUAGAGUCACACCUCUGAAGCAUUCAAAAAGCCCAAAGGAUGAUGAGAACCUCGAUGACCUUUCUAGUCUGAACUGGCUUCAAACCAAACUGAAGGGAAUCGUCUGCAGUUCAAACAACUAGGUGGCCCAUGGCUGCCAUCACCACUCCUGUCAAGUCACAGCUUCAAAGGAUUUACUCCCUAUGGCGUUCUGAGAAACGAAACCGCUUGGAUCACAGGGAUUGAUUUGUGAAGUAAAUGUAUAGGCCCACACAGGUAUGUAUCAGCUGGUGUGUUUAUAAAGGUCGUCUCCUACUCUUAUCCCUCUCCACGCCUACUUGUCGGCUGACUGCUUUUUUGAGGGAAAACUCCAAACAAACCAAGGAGAGUGACAGUUGGGGAGUUGCGGUCCCAUGAGAGACUCCGCAGGGGGACCGACAACCACGUCGACGCCAUGAGUAGUACUUUAGGUAACAAAGACAAAGACUGGAAAGAGAAGGACCUGAAAGGAGGUCCGACAGGAGGGAAAGAAAAGGAAAAAGAGACCAAGGCUCUGGCUGGUUUAGGCGGCAAGGAUCCCAAGGCCAAAGGGAAAGACGCCAAAGAAGGAAAGAAGGAUGCAGGUUCCGCGUCGCCUGCCGUCGCCUUCUCCGUGGACAACACGAUAAAGAGGCCCAACCCGGCGCCGGGGACACGCAAGAAGUCCAGCAAUGCCGAGGUGAUCAAAGAGCUCAACAAGUGCCGUGAGGAGAACUCCAUGCGUCUGGACCUGUCCAAGCGUUCCAUCCACAUGUUACCCACCUCCAUCAAGGAACUCACCCAGCUGGCAGAGCUCUACCUGUACAGCAACAAGCUCCAGAGCCUCCCCUCAGAAGUGGGCUGCCUGUCUGGCCUGGUCACCUUAGCCCUGAGUGAGAACUCUCUAACCAGCCUCCCAGAGUCCUUGGACUCCCUGAAGAAGUUGAGGAUGCUGGACCUGAGGCAUAACAAACUGAGGGAGAUACCGGCGGUGGUUUACCGGGUGACGUCGCUGACCACACUGUACCUGAGGUUCAACCGGAUCACGGCGGUGGAGAGGGACAUCCGGAACCUGGCGAAGUUGACCAUGCUCAGCAUCCGUGAGAACAAGAUCAAACAGCUGCCUGCCGAGAUAGGGGAGCUCUGUAACCUCAUCACCCUGGACGUAGCUCAUAACCAGCUGGAACAUCUACCCAAGGAGAUCGGCAACUGCACCCAGAUCACCAACCUGGACCUACAGCACAACGAGCUACUGGACCUACCAGAAACUAUAGGUAACUUGGCAAGCAUAAACCGCUUGGGUCUGCGGUACAACCGGUUGUCAGCCAUCCCCAGGUCGCUUGCCAAGUGCAGAGAACUGGAAGAGCUCAACCUAGAAAACAACAACAUCUCUGUGUUACCAGAAGGUCUCCUGUCUAGUCUGGUGAAUCUGACCAGUCUAACCCUGGCGAGGAACUGUUUCCAGUCCUACCCGGUGGGAGGACCCUCCCAGUUCUCCACCAUCUACUCUCUCAACAUGGAGCACAACCGCAUCAACAAGAUCCCCUUUGGAAUCUUCUCCAGGGCCAAAGUCCUCAGCAAACUCAACAUGAAGGACAACCAGUUGACGUCUCUGCCUCUAGACUUUGGCACGUGGACCAGUAUGGUGGAGCUCAACCUGGCCACCAAUCAGCUGACAAAGAUCCCUGAGGACAUCUGCGGUCUCGUUUCGCUUGAGGUCUUGAUAUUGUCCAACAAUCUUCUCAAGAAGUUGCCACAUGGUAUUGGCAACCUGAGGAAACUACGGGAGCUCGACUUGGAGGAGAACAAGCUGGAAUCGCUCCCGAAUGAAAUCGCUUACCUGAAAGAUUUACAGAAACUAGUGUUGACCAAUAAUCAGCUGACCACGUUGCCCCGUGGGAUCGGUCACCUCACCAACCUGACCCACCUGGGUCUGGGAGAGAACCUGCUGCAGCACCUGCCAGAGGAGAUCGGUACACUGGAGAACUUGGAGGAGCUGUACCUCAAUGACAACCCCAACCUGCACAGCCUCCCGUUUGAGCUGGCCCUGUGCAGCAAGCUGUCCAUCAUGAGUAUCGAGAACUGUCCUCUCAGCCAUCUGCCCCCGCAGAUCGUCGCCGGGGGCCCCUCCUUCAUUAUCCAGUUCCUCAAGAUGCAGGGGCCCUACCGGGCCAUGGUCUGAUAGGGCCCGGAGGCCAAGAUUGUGGUCUGAGGGCCCAGAAGGAGGCCAUGGUCUGAGAGCUGAUUUGAUGGCAGAUAUACCAGGCCCACGCAAGGCCCAUGAUCUGACAACGGACCACGCCCAUAAUUGGAUAGACCACGCCCAUAUUCUGAAGGCCGACGCCCACCCAAUCACUUACCUAUCCAACUACGUGUGUCAUACACUGUAAAAAAAUAUAUAAAUCAUAACAAAAACAAACUAAAUGUACAAAAAGAGGAAAACAUUUUCAGUUCAUACAUUAUCUAUCUAUAUGCGGAAAAAAACUAAACAAGUACAUUUAUAUUGAGACUGUGCUCCAGUGUUUCUGUUGAGGAAUCAUAGCCAUUUAGAAGGCCAACUUCUCCAAUAUUUUAUUCCCGAAUCGUGUAAGACAAAACUUAAAGGGUCAUUACACAACUUUUAUUUUUUUAAACAUUAUAUUAAUUAAUUCCAGCACCAUAUGAUACAUAAUCUGUUUUCAUACAUGUGAAGACACUGGUAUAGUGCUGGAGGUAAUGAAUAGGAGAUUACAAAGUGGUGGAAUUGUCCUUUAAUAUCUCUACCACCUUUUGCCAAACCGGAUCAUGUAUAUUGAGUAACAGUGAGCUAAAGUGGCUAUGAUUCUUUUAACAUAGAAACCAGAUUCCCAAUGCCAACAUAUUUACAGUAAUUAGGUAUGUAUAUUAGGAGAGCUUAGGAUACAACUAUUGUAUGCAAAAAUAUUUGAAACUUUAAUUUUUACUGCUGCUGCCAUUAUCAAUGUUAAUUUUGUCUUUUUUUUCUUUUUGAUAUGUAUAUAUUUUUUUUACCACUCGACUAAAGAUUUGUUAUCGUGAGGUUUGAGGUUAAAGAACAAAGGUCUAAUGUUGUUUUUAAUUUCACAUUAAUACGUAAAAAAACAGUGCCUAUAUGCCCGGGAAGGUCCACUGGUUUUUCUGACGCUCUAAACACAAUUGUCCAUUAUACAAAGGUAUCAUUUAGUUAAACAAAUUCUUUCUAGAAUUAUGGUAUUACUUUUUACAUUUGUUUUAUAUUAGUUCUAUCAUAGUUGGAUGACAAUGAUUCUAUAUAAUAAAGCGGUAAAGUAUACAUUUGAAUCAAUGGCGUUCGGAGGUUUUACAUUUAAAAAAUAAGCAGUCAUCUUUAAACAGUAAGCUAGUAAUAUAUAAAAUAAAUGCAAAAUCUUUAAUGCUUUAAAAAAUGGACUUAACAAGUUUGACUCAAACCUUUCCAAAAUAGGCAGUAAUGUUGCCCUCAUGUUUUAAGAUAUUAGAUUUGUUUUUGCUUUGAGAGAAAAAAUAACAAAAAUAGUUAAACUAUAAAAAGACAGGUGAUUAGAUAAGUGAUCUGUAGUGAUUUUUAUAUAUUCUAUAAAUACUGAUUGUUGCCUUGAGUGCAAUUUGAGUCAUUGUAAUGUUUACUUUUUUGCUAUGUCUUCAGUGUUGGGGCUGUCAUACAACGUGGAAACGAUUGACCAACAACAACAUAUCAGGAACGUUGAAGGAAAGGUGUCAAUAUAACUAAUGACUAACGUUGCCAUGGUUACGGUCGUUAAGGUAUGCCAAAAACACGAAUCAAAACCCAUUUGUCAUUUUUACAUCCAGUUUCUUUGACUGCUUUUUUAAUACGCCUCUUCACGAGAUCUGAAAGUUUGUGUUACUUGGCUUCCUUUUUUUUGUUGUCCCACACUGUCCCAGCAAUGAUGCUGUUCUUAUGCACUUUCUAAAUGACAUUGGCAUCAUCCUCUUAACAAUGACAAUAUCCUUAUCUCCAUGGUUACGUUGAACUGGGGCAUUUUUGUUUCACAGUGAAGAAGUAUUUUAUCUCUUUGAACAGUUUCAUGUAUAUUUUAUAAUGGUGUCAAAUGAAUAUUAAGGAUGAGAUGACAAGCUCAAAAUAAAUCUAAACUAGUAAGUAUGUGGAGCGUUGAAUUCAAACCUUUUGGCUUUCGUCCUAUCAAUCUUGAUGGAAAAUAUUAGCUUGAACUGUAUAUGUCCAAUAAGGGUCUUAUUGAUAUGUUUAAAAAUGUAUUAAAGUACCCCAUAUCUUGCUCAUAUGUACUACAAGCAAAAAUGUUUUGUCAAAUUAUUGCAAUUCAUUGAGAUCCACAUUGUAAAAUGUAAAUCAUUUUCUGUUACUAUAAUUUUUUUGACACUGUAUUGGGUUAGUAUUAUAUCACGUGACUGUACAUUAAAAUCCCAACUAAGGUAGAUCAAACCAAAAGCUUUUUUGGUUUUGGAAAUGAAUGUGUUGCGUCCAAGCUUUGUACUCAAUCAUCUUUUAGUAUUUAUUUUCAAUCAAGUGUGGGUCUAGUUUUUUGGCAGCAGCUUACGAUUACAGUUUCGAUGUGGGUUGUGGACUGCUAAGAAAAACGAGGCCUGGGCAGAGCACACACCCAGACAAAAUGUAUUGCUGCUUCUAAUCCUACCAGCAGAACCUGUUGCUGCUUGAAAAAUAUGCUGUAAACGAUUGAUGGGGCGGGAAAAGUGAGAUCUAUCCUUAACAAAAUCAACAUCGAUAUACAAGACUCGUACAGUAGCCUGGCUGGGAAGAUUGACCUCUGCCCUUGACCUCUGAGUUUGGGGUCACAUGAGGUUUGGUGGUUUUCAAACAGAUCAAAUUGUUUGGACCGACGUACAACAAGGAAAAACCAAGGUGCAUAUUUGAGCCUAUAACGACGCAGUUACAACAAUACUUUUUUGAAAAGACAAAAAUGUAAAAAGGGCUUUCUUCUCGUUCACGCUCAAAGAACACCACCAGAGGCAUUGCAUUCCUGGUUUUAUAUUUUAAAAAAGCUUCGGAAGAAAUGAAAAAAAAAAAUGUAAAUUGUUUUGGGGGAUUGGUUGUGUAUUUAUGUUUUAGCUAUAAACAAAAUGGAAUCAUUGUGAAAAUGCCUUCAGUGAGAUGUGCAUUAGGGUAUGCAGCGAGAGAAACGCUGUUGUCCCCUAUAAUGUUGAGUCUGUUUUUGUUCAUAUUUGUAUCUAUGUGCCAUUUGCAAGGUGAGGGGACGUAUGUCUAGAGAACCUGAGACAUAAUCGUCAUUAUUCAGAAAAGCAUUUAUCAAAACAAGGAAUGUAAGUUUAAAUGCGCUUUUUGAAAAAUAAAUGUGUGACAGUCUAGGUUUGGGGGUGGUCAUAUUUUGGAUUGUUGUAUCUGAGGUUGAUGACGAAGAGGUAUUGUUCUGAUGCAUCCCAAUGAUUUGGAGACAACUAGGUGGUGUUUAUUUUUCAAUCGUCUGAUUUUGGGUCAUAGAAAGUGUGUAAUAAUCAUGGCCAUUUUUUUCUUUUAGCAAAAUGUAUUUUGUGUCUCAAUCCUUUUUCUUGCCUGACUAUUGUGUAGGAAACCAAGCAUGUUAAAAUAAUUUGACAUGGUUUUUUGUCUGGGUUGGAACUACGUUGAUGUGGCGAGUCGUUGUAUAUAGAAGACCAGCUAAUGUUGCUACUAUUUGGUAUCUGCAAAAAUGUUUCCUGUAGAUUUAUUUUGUACAUUUCACAGUAUUUGAAACAUUGUGCAGCCAGCAAUGCUUUACCUACCUAUUCUUUAUCAAGCAGCCUUAACUGUUAAACCUUUUUGUUAUUAACCCUUCUUUGUGUCUGUGGCUGUAGUAGAUAACUUUCAUUUUCUGUCCUUUCUUGCUCUGUGCAUGCAUAUUUUAACCUGACCUAAUGAUUGAUUGACAGUUCACAUAAGCACUCUCCAAACUGAAUUCUGUGUUCAGUUUCAUUAUUCUGGAACACUAGUGAGCAAUAGUGAAACAACACAAUUCAUUUCAGAUUCCAUGCUAGCUACAGGCCACCCCAAACAAUCCCUAUACCAGUGGUCUCCAACCCUGUUCCUGGAGUGCUACUGUCCUGUAGGUUUUUGCUCCAACCCUAAACUAACGCACCUGAUUCUAAUAAUUAGCUGGUUGAUAAACUGAAUCAGGUUAGUUACAACGGGGGUUGGAGCAAAAACCAACAUUCAUUUGACUGCCUUAAGUCGUGCACCAAGCAUCACCUCUCCCUCAACUUUCACCCAGUCAGACCUUCAGUCACUUGGCUCUUUUUACUUACGUAAAACAGAAAAUCAGUUUGAUAUAAAAUCGGGGAAAAUGCUUUCCCCAACCUGUUAUGUGACCAGUCACCUGACCAGGAAAAACUAAGGCUAAUAUUUUAUUAUUGGCUACAGCCGAUAAUAACUAUAUGGCCCAGGACCCCCCUUCUCAGGUCACAGCAGGGUUAGGAAUAACUCCUGGCCCUAGGCCUAUACACAAGUGAGUUGACUGUUUAAUGGUCAGAAAUGAGAUUGAUCGACUAUGUUCCAGAACACCACGCUGUUUUUUAAAGGUUCUCUUUUCUGUCUACCAAUAUGAGUACAGGAUAUAUGCAGACCUGACUACGGUGGCCACCAUGGUCCAAGUAGCGUAUGUAAGAGAAUUGGAAAAAUGGUGACAUGACAUAUUUAUUUUACCUUAACAUUCUACUGUUUAGUACCGAGAGACAUGCCUUCACUAAAUAUUACUUGGCAAAUGAAAUUAGAAAAAGGAUUUGUUUGCUUGGUUGUAAAUGACACAAUUUUUAAUCAAAGCCGACCCAUUGUAAAGAAAAUUAUUCAGACUCAAGUUUGCAAAAUGGGUGACAAACUGUAAUGUUUGACGUUCUGCAUGUACAUACAUCUUUUUAAUUAAUAAACCUAUAAACGUUUACAAAUUGAAAAAAAAAAGUGACUUGUAAUUUUUAAUUUUUUUGCUUUCACCAAAAAGUACUGCAAAAUGAACAUGGUUGGUUGUUUGCCGGUCACAUUGAGAGAGCAGAACAGAGCUGCCUAUGUCCUCAAGUAAUUCCUAUUUUUGUCUUUGUUAUUUUUUUUCCCUUCUUCUCUGUAACUGAAUUUGUAUUUCUUUUCAAAACACAUGAAGCAGCAUUUAAGCCAAGAGUCCUGCACAGUAUAUGACCUUUUAGCAAUGCAAGGGCACAAUUUCAAAAUCCCAAUCAUACAGAAGAGAAUGGCACUUAGACCGUUUACACAGGCAGCAUAAUUCUGAUCUUUUUUCCCAGUAAUUGGUCUUUAGACCAAUCACACACGAUUUUUUCACAUCAGCUCUUUUUCAGAGCUACUCUGAUUGGUCAAAAGACCAAUUAGUGAAAAAAGAUCAGAAUUGGGCUCCCUGUCUAAACGCAGCCCAAGUGUCUGUCUCAAAGUAAGAGUGCUGAUGUAGGGUCCGUUUCACCCUUUAGAUCAUAUUGAAUAAGAUUAUAUGGACAGGUGGAGACCUGAUCCUAGAUCAGCAGUCCUACUGUGAGAUUAUUUUUGAACACUGGCCCAGAGUCCCACCUGUCCAUGUAAUCUUAUUCAGUAUGAUCUAAAAGGUGAAACGGAUCCUACAUCAGCAGCACACCUACUCUGGAACACUUGAUAUACGUAGGGUGCCCAAACUUGUUGCCUGAAGCUAAAUUAAAAACUAAACUCAUAUAGGCUUUGAAUUGUUGCUAUACCGUCUAGGCCCAGAAUGUUUUUGGGCUACGUAGAUUCUAGAAGCAUUAUCUACAUUAUCCGGUACUAGCUACAUUGUCUGGCCCUUUUGCUAAAGGUAAAAUUGAGUUCAGUAUAUAUCUUUGGUAGUGAAGUGCAUUCAACAUCUCUGUCUAUUAUAGACAGCAGUAUCAGCUAGAGACCGUUGAACAGUAUGUUAGUCAGCAGGGAUCCAUUUCAAUUCAGUUCAUUCCUGAUGUUUGCUGAAAUUACAUAAAGGAGCAUUGAGGGAAAUUGGAAUUUGAUUUUGUACUUCUUGACUUAAUUUAAAAUGGAAUUGAUUUAUUAUCAUGUUAGUCAGUUAACCAACCCCCCCCCCCCGCCCCCAGAAAAAGCAGUUGAAAUGUUUCCCAUAUUUGAAAAAGAGGCAAUAUUGUGCCUUUUUUCAUAUGUUCAGGACUGGGCUGUUCUCUCUCAAAUGUCUCUUUUGUACCUAGAAAAACGUGUGUGUCAUUUGUUGUCAUUCGAGUGUACAAACUUCAUCAUUUCAGAAUGUUCUGAUGUUUGUAUAUUACUCCCGUUAUGCCUGCACAAUGCUUUGGUUUUCAUUUUCUAUUUGAGGUUUUCCCACUAUUUGUCAAAUUGUGGAAUUUAAGCUCUGGAAAAAAAAACGGAUAAAUGUACUUUUAAUCCAAUGAAUUGUAAUGUGCAGUUUGUUACUUGUUGAACAUAAAGAAAACGGUUACCAUG